UAAGCAACAGACACACCUCGAAGGCAGCGACAGCAGAUUUGAAGUCCCCCACCAGGAGGUGUCGCUUGCCCCUAGAGAAACGGUCGAACGCUGCUGCACUUGCCGCACGUCCAAGGGGAGCAAGCAAACAGGCCAUCAUCAAACAAGUCUCGACUUUAACCAUUCGUAAUUUACACCAUCAUAUAUUGUGGAGUAACUUCAUGUUUAGUAUAUCUUAACAUGGAACAUUAUUAAGAAUGUGUACAUGCUUGUACUAUUUGAUAAAUUAUGUGGUCAGCUACACUUUCCACUCACACUCUCAUCCAUCACCAAAAUUAAACUAACCCCCUAUUACUUUCCUCCCACCCUCAGAAUUAUUAAACUAACCUCCAGUCACAUUCUUCUGACACCCUCAUCCCUCACUAAAAAUUAAUACCAACUGGCAAAAUUACCAAACUAACCUCUAAAUAUCAUCCUCCCACCAUCUAGUCUCUCACUAAAAUUAAUCUCACCAAGCACGAUUAUCAAGCUAAUAUCCAAUCACUUUCCUCUGACCCUCAAAAUCCUUUCCAGCUGGUAGAAUUAUUAACCUAUACUCCAGUCACUUCCACCCUCUCAUCCCUCAUUAAAAUUAAUCCCAGCCUUCAAAAUUAUUGAACUAACCUCCAGUCAAAGAAAUAUCACUGGUUUUGUGGGGGAUAUUGUCACUGCACUAAGGGAUGCACACAAUUUCUCGUAAGUUUUCACAUUUUGCGUUCAACUGUACCGGUCUAAGUGGAGGAGUGAAAAAGUGACACCUAAUGAAUAGUUGCCACAAAACUUAUUCUCAUUACUUUUUGUUCCUUGUCAUUUUUCUUUCAGGCUUUUUUCAUCAUCACAGCAGCUUGAAAUUUUGAAAAUACAUGCUAUUUGAGGAGGUAGCUGUACAUGUGAAAAAAAAGAAGGGAAACAAACAUCCAUACUUGUGACUGAUAUGAAAAAUAAACUAUACAUAUAAAUGUAUAUUUCACUUUUCUUUCUAGCAAUUAAAAAAUGUACAUACGACAGUAUUUCUUUCUUUUCCUCAAUAAAUACGACAACAGUAUUUUUCCUUCCCUUCAGUACACCCAGCCUUUCCCUUAGUACAUAUCACAGUACUUUUCCUUUUUGCUCAGUGCAUAUGAGAAUAAUUUUCCUUUUCCUCCAUGCAUAUGACACUACUUGCCCUUUUCCUUUUCUUUCCCUAAAUAGAGAAGACAAGACAGAAAUUUUCUUUCCCUCAAUACACAACACUAUUUUUUCUCCCACUCUCUCUCUUGUACAGAGUCAGUUUCAAUGUACUGGAAGGUUAUGCCUACGGGAAACUGAAGGACAACUCAAGCAACGAGUGGACGGGCACGGUAGGAGCUCUGCAGUCAGGGGAAGCUGACCUCACUGUCUCUGAAUUGUCCAUCACUGAGGAGAGGUUGAAAGUUGUUACCUACACCCAGCCUAUCUAUAUCAUCAGGUGAGAGAUACAGGUGAUGAUCAAAUAAUAUUUUAAAGAUGUUGAACAAAGUGCUCCCUUAACAGAUUAAUUGGAUCAGCAAAAUGUUCAGAAUAUGAAAUGUCAAAUAAUUAGAUUGAUCUAUCUAUAUGCCAGGCUGGCAGUCCUAUACAGGGUGGCCCAGACACUACACUAUACACUCACAUACAACAUUGACACUGUUAAUCCAAAUUCUAAUCUAUUUAUCUAUAUACCAGGCCAACAAUCCUCCCCAAGACACCGCAGACAAAUCACCACACAUUCACACUCUUAACUUCAUUAUUAUUAACGAUUUAGCUGUCUAUACAUCAGGCUGGCAAUCACACACAAAAUGGCCCAAACAAGGCACCACACACACAUUCACACUCUUAAUAUCAUCUGUCAGCCCCUAGUGGAAAGGGACAAUCUUGUGGCCCACCAUACUACACCUCAGGAGGUCAGACACAGCAUUCAGUUAACAAAAAAUCACAUUAACACCCACUCCCCACAGAACAUAGUAACACAAAAUCAGAUUAACACUCACCCCAACGUCACAUUCACAAGACAAGUUCUCAUCCCACAGCCGUAAACUGUUUGCGGCCACCUACGAGGACCUUGCCAAGAAGAUGCUUGCCUACACAACCCCAACGGACACAGCUCUGUACCGGCGCAUCCCGGCUAACACGACAGGCCUCGCCAGCAUCCUCUUCUUCAUCGAGCGACUCCAGAGGUGCUACAUACCCACGGGGGAGAAGCCUGUUAGCAUGGGAGUUGCUGCUGGCUGGUACAUGUUGUCAGCUCUCCUACAACAAGGCUCCAACACCUACCCAAUCAGCACUGCAGCACGGGUAAUCUACUGGGUUGGCUACAGUGUGUCCCUCAUUGUGUACACAUCAUACUCUGCCACACUGGUCUCACAUCUUGCUGUGGAGCAGCCUGCACCUCUGCCAUUCAGCAACCUGCGGGACCUGUCUAGGCAGUCAGGCUGGGAUGCUGGAUGCAACAACAAUGACCUCUUCCAAGUGACAGCCUCGGUGGGUCCUUGGCUUCUUGCUGUGUGAACUGAUAUACCAUCCAGUGGUUGAGAGUUGAGGAGAGAGAGAGAGAGAGAGAGAGAGAGAGAGAGAGAGAGAGAGAGAGAGAGAGAGAGAGAGAGAGAGAGAGAGAGAGAGAGAGAGAGAGAGAGAGAGAGAGAGAGAGAGAGAGAGAGAGAGAGAGAGAGA